AUGCGUACGCCGAGUGCGCGCGACCCCGCCUCCUCUCCCUCACUCCUGGGGACUUCGCGCUCCCCGGCCACACCCCCUCACUCGCAGCUGCCACUGUGGCCGACAGAGGCGGUCUUGUCUUAUCGCGAGAUUAGAGAAAAUCGCGAGACCGGAAGCUAUCUCCUUUCUCCAGCCUCAGGCCUAGGCCGAGGCCUCGGUGACAGGGUCCGCGCCCCCGCCUCUUCCCCGGGGCAGCACCCGAGCCAGAACCCGCGGGGGGCCGCCUGGCUGGAGGCGCUGCGCUGCGAAUGCGAGACAGACAAACACUGGCGCCACCGCCGGGCGUUCCUGCUCCGCAACGCCGGGCACCUGGCGUCAGCCUGCGGCGCUGCCUGGGCGGACGCGGGGGAAGCUGCGGACGCCGAGGGCGGGAGCCACAGUCGGGAGCUGCAGCAGCUCGUCUCCUUUUCCAAGGCCUGGGCAAACCACGUCUUCCUCGGGUGUCGGUACCCUCAAAAAGUUAUGGAUAAAAUACUUAGUAUGGCUGAAGGCAUCAAAGUGACAGAUUCUCCAGUCCAUACAAGAGACGAACUGGUUGCCAAGAAGAGGUAGAAUAGCCGGUGAAGAAGUGAGUCAUAGACGGAAAAAACAAUUCUGCAGUUGAGCAAGAUCAUGCAAAAACUUA